CCUUGAAAAAAAAAAAAAAAAAAUGGAAAACGUUAAUUACGUAAGAAAACUCAACUCUCCUCCCGGUGAGUGACAAAGUGACUCUUCCCCGCUGGGAGGACCUGGCAGAGCAGGCAGCUGCCAGUGCCGCUCUGCCCGGGCCACUCGGGGAUUUCACAGCCUUUUGGAAGGAGCCGGCAAGGAGCGGGCGCCGGACCCGGGUGUGCGGAGCCGUAGCUCGGGCUCCCCCCGCCCGCCUAGUCCAGCCCCAGCGAGGCUUUUCUUAACCAAAACCUGCGACUUCGGCGCUCGCCGGGAAUGAAAGUGACAUGUUAGAAGGACUGGAAUGGGGGUAAGCGGAGGAAGGGCUGCUCCUAGGGCGGGCUCUUUUCUCCUGCUUGAUCUAUGGAGCACGCCCCUUUUAAAUUGAGUCCCGGCAGCUCUCGUCCACCAGCCCGACGGGGGGAGAGGCGGAAAGCGAGGGAGAGCAGGCAGGCGGGCGGCUCCCCCGUCCCGGCCCCGUCGGUCCCGACCCCGGCCCGUCCGCCCCCGCGCACCAUGCGCGGCCCCCGGCGCCCCGCGCGCCGCCGGCCCGCCCGCCCCUAACGCCGCCCGGCUCCUGCGCCUUCCUUCGGCAGCGCUCCGGGGGCGGGGAGGGGGGACACAGGGGCGAAAGGAGAAGAGAAAAAAAAAUUAAAAGAGGGAAAGGGAGGAAAAAGGAGGAGAAGAAGCGGAGGCGGGGAAAGCUUCUCCUCCGAGGACAGCGCGCAGCACCAUGCAGCUGGCGCCGCUGGCGCUGGCACUCACCACGCUCUUCAUCGACGGCUUGACGACAGGAGCGAGGAGGCACAAGCUGCACCCCAGGCAAGCCCAGCUGCUGGAGAAGCUCAGCGAGUACGAGAUCGUGACUCCUACCCGAGUGAAUGAGUUCGGUGAGCCCUUCCCCACCGAUGUCCACUUCAGGCGGCGCCGGCGGAGCACCAGUGCUGCCCCCGACGCCUGGACGGCGGCCGCCGCCGCCUCCCCCAAGGCGCACUACAGGCUGUCCGCCUUCGGGCAGCAGUUCCUCUUCAACCUGACGGCCAGCUCGGCCUUCAUCGCCCCGCUCUUCACCGUCAGCCUCCUGGGAGAGCCAGCCGCAGACCAGCAGCGCCUCUACGCCGAGGCGGCCGACGCCGACGUGAAGCACUGCUUCUACCGGGGGCACGUCAACGCCCGCCCUCGGCUCACCGCCGUUAUCAGUCUCUGCUCCGGGAUGCUAGGCACAUUCAAGUCUGAUGAUGGGGACUAUUUUGUAGAGCCGCUGCUAUCGCUUGAGGAACAGGAGUAUGAAGAAGAGCACAAUAAACCACAUCUUGUCUACCGACACCGGACACCUCCAACCAACUCUUCAGGGGACAGGCAGACUUGCAAUACUCCAGAUCAUGACCACAGUCACAAAAAGAACAAGCGGAAACACUGGAGAAGGCAGUGGGCAGAGAGCAGCAUAUUAUCUGACGUGGAGAUGUUGAAACAUAGCCUGGAAGUGAAUGCUUUUUCUGGGGACAGCAACAAGGCAGGGACCAUCGGUGAAAAGAAGAGCCACAAGCGAACUAAGCGGUUCUUGUCCUACCCACGUUUUGUGGAGGUGAUGGUGGUGGCUGACAGCAGAAUGGUUGCCUACCACGGAGCCAACCUACAGCACUAUGUCUUAACCCUGAUGUCAAUAGUGGCUUCUAUCUACAAAGACCCAAGCAUUGGAAAUUUAAUUAAUAUUGUUAUUGUGAAAUUGAUCGUGAUACAUAAUGAGCAGGAUGGCCCUGCAAUAUCUUACAAUGCCCAGACAACAUUAAAAAACUUCUGCCAAUGGCAGCAAUCCCAAAACCACCCAGAGGGAAGUCACCUUCGGCAUGAUACAGCUGUGCUUGUUACCAGACAGGAUAUUUGUAGAGCACACGACAAAUGUGAUACUCUGGGUCUGGCAGAGCUGGGCACAGUCUGUGACCCAUACAGAAGCUGUUCAAUUAGUGAAGAUAAUGGACUGAGCACUGCUUUCACAAUAGCACAUGAACUUGGCCAUGUAUUUAACAUGCCACAUGAUGACAAUCACAAGUGCAAGGAAGAUGGAGGUAAAAAUCAACAGCAUGUCAUGGCACCAACACUGAACUUCUACACCAAUCCCUGGAUGUGGUCAAAAUGCAGUAGGAAGUACAUCACUGAAUUUCUGGACACUGGUUAUGGGGAGUGUUUGCUUGAUGAACCUUCAUCAAGAACUUACACAUUGCCUCAGCAGCUCCCAGGGCUGAUUUAUGACGUCAACAAACAAUGUGAGUUAAUUUUUGGACCCGGAUCCCAAGUGUGCCCCUAUAUGCAGAUGCAGUGUCGACGACUUUGGUGUAUCAACGUCGAUGGUGCUCACAAGGGAUGUCGAACCCAACACACACCUUGGGCUGAUGGGACAGAAUGUGAGCCUGGAAAGCACUGCAGGUUUGGGAUGUGCGUGCCCAAGGAGCGAGAGGCGCCGGUGACAGACGGAGCAUGGGGCACCUGGAGCCCCUUUGGGGCCUGCUCGAGGACCUGUGGUGGCGGCAUAAAGACAGCGAUUCGAGAAUGCAACAGGCCUGAACCCAAAAACGGUGGGAAAUACUGCGUGGGUCGUCGCAUGAAGUUUAAAUCCUGCAACACAGAACCAUGCUCAAAGCUGAAGAAGGAUUUCCGGGAUGAGCAGUGUGCCGACUUUGAUGGGAAACACUUCAACAUCAAUGGGCUUCCCACAAAUGUGCGCUGGGUUCCCAAAUACAGCGGCAUCCUGAUGAAGGAUCGGUGCAAGCUGUUCUGCCGGGUGGCAGGGAACACGGCCUAUUACCAGCUGCGGGACCGGGUCAUCGACGGGACGCCCUGCGGCCCCGACACCAAUGACAUCUGCGUGCAGGGCCUCUGCCGGCAAGCUGGAUGUGAUCAUGUGCUGAAUUCAAAAGCAAGAAGAGAUAAAUGUGGUGUUUGUGGUGGGGAUAAUUCUUCAUGCAAAACUGUUGCAGGCACAUUUAACACGGUGCAUUAUGGUUAUAACAUUGUGGUUCGCAUCCCAGCUGGUGCCACUAAUAUUGAUGUGCGUCAGCACAGUUACUCAGGGAAACCAGAGGAUGACAACUACCUGGCCUUAUCUAACAGUCAAGGAGACUUUAUAUUAAAUGGAGACUUUGUCGUCAGUAUGUUUAAAAGGGAAAUCAAAGUUGGGAAUGCUGUGAUCGAAUACAGUGGCUCCGAUAAUACUAUUGAAAGAAUUAAUUCUACAGAUCGGAUUGAGCAAGAAAUAACGCUGCAGGUUUUAUCAGUGGGCAACUUGUACAAUCCUGACGUUCGUUACACGUUCAAUAUCCCUAUUGAGGACAAACCUCAGCAGUUUUACUGGAAUGAGCAUGGCCCAUGGCAGCCCUGCAGUAAGCUUUGCCAAGGAGAACGAAAAAGGAAACCUGUGUGUAAGAGAGAGUCGGAUCAGCUCACGGUGUCAGACCAGCGAUGCGAUCGAGUUCCCCAGCCUGACCCCACCACUGAGCCUUGUAACACUGAAUGUGAAUUAAGGUGGCACAUUGCAAGGAAGAGCGAGUGCACGGCGCAGUGUGGGCUGGGCUACCGUACCCUGGAUAUCUACUGCUCCAAGUACAGCCGGCUGGAGGGCAAGAUAGAGAAGGUGGAUGAUCGCUUCUGCAACAGCCAGGCCAAGCCCAGCACGAGGGAGAAGUGCACUGGAGACUGUAACGUGGGAGGGUGGCGGUACUCGGCCUGGACUGAGUGCUCCAAGAGCUGCGGUGGGGGCACACGGCGGCGGCGAGCCAUGUGUGUGAACACCUACAACGAUGUCCUGGAUGACAGCAAGUGCAGCCAGCAGGAGAAGCUGACAGUGCAGCGAUGCAGUGACUUCUCGUGCCCACAGUGGAAAACCGGUGACUGGUCCGAGUGCUUGGUCACCUGUGGAAAAGGACACAAGCACCGCCAGACAUGGUGCCACUUUGGAGAAGAUAGAUUGAAUGACAGGUUUUGCGACCCCGAGACAAAGCCAGAGUCAGUGCAGAUGUGCCAGCAGCAGGAGUGUGCCUCGUGGCAAGUGGGGCCCUGGGGCCAGUGCACUGUUACUUGUGGCCAAGGCUACCAGAUGAGAGCAGUGAAGUGUGUUGUGGGCACCUACGUGUCAGUGGUGGAUGAUAACGACUGUAAUGCUGCAACCAGGCCUACAGAUACCCAGGACUGUGAAAUAGCUGUAUGUCCUCCCCAUCCAAAUAGUCCUGAAGCCAAGAGAGCCAUAUCAGGCAUUCACAGGACGCAGUGGAGAUUUGGAUCCUGGACACCGUGCUCUGCAACGUGCGGGAAGGGAACCCGAAUGAGAUAUGUCAGCUGCCGGGAUGACCAGGGCUCUGUGGCUGAUGAGUCAGCUUGUUUCCACCUUCCAAAGCCAUCAGCCACAGAAAUGUGCACCGUGACACCGUGCGGGCAGUGGAAAGCCUUGGAGUGGAGCUCUUGCUCGGUGACUUGUGGUCAAGGUAAGGCAACGCGACAAGUGAUCUGCAUCAAUUACAGUGACCAGCUGGUGGAUAGGAGCGAGUGUGACCCAGACGACCUCCCUGCCACCGAGCAAGACUGCUCCAUGUCUCCAUGUCAUCCAAACAGCCAUGACUACGGCAGGUCCAUCCACCCUUUCCUCUAUCCUGAUCAUCGCCUCAAACUGCACCCUGGAGGCAGCCCAAACCGAAACCGUGCACAUAUACCGGGAGGCAAUCAGUGGAGGAUUGGCCCCUGGGGUGCUUGCUCUAGCACAUGUGCGGGGGGGUUCCAGCGGCGGGUCGUGGUGUGCCAGGAUGAAAACGGAUACACCGCAAAUAACUGCGAUGAGAAAAGCAAACCCAUGGAGCAGAGAUCAUGCGAAUCUGGCCCCUGCCCUCAGUGGGUCUAUGGCAACUGGGGAGAGUGCACGAAGCCAUGCGGGGCAGGGACAAGGACACGGCUAGUGGUGUGCCAGCGCCCUAAUGGAGAAAGGUUUACGGAUCUGAGCUGUGAAAUCCUUGACAAGCCACCAGACAGAGAGCAGUGCAAUGUGCAGGACUGUCCUAGAGAUGCUGACUGGAGUGCUGGUCCUUGGAGCUCGUGUUCUGUCUCCUGUGGAAGAGGCCAAAAGCACCGCAGUGUGUACUGUUUGUCAGAGGAAGGGAGGCAUGUAGAAGAAGAGUAUUGUAAACACCUUGCUAAGCCCAACGUGCAAAAGAAAUGCAGAGGGGGCAGAUGUCCGAAGUGGAAAGCAGGAGACUGGGGACAGUGCUCUGUGUCCUGCGGCCGGGGCGUCCAGCGCCGCUCUGUGCAGUGCCACAGCGGCACCCCGAAGGCAGCCGAGGAGGCCGAGUGUGACCCGGCCAGCCGGCCAGCUCCGCAGCGGGACUGUCACCUCCCCGCGUGCCCCACGCACCUCUGGGCAGCCGGAGAAUGGCAGCCGUGCACGAAGACGUGCGGGGAGGCGUCCCGGUUCCGCAGGGUGUUCUGCGUGGAUGAAAACAAGCAGCUGCAGAACAGUGGCUACUGCGACGCCAGCAGGCGCCCCCCCGAGAUGGAGAGCUGCAGGCUGCCCCCCUGCGAGUACAUCUGGAUCACGGGAGAGUGGUCGGAGUGCUCCGUCACGUGCGGGAAGGGAUACAGGCAGCGCCUCGUGUCCUGCAGUGAGAUUUACACCGGGAAGGACCACUAUGAGUACGGGUACCAGAACAUGGUCAACUGUCCUGGCACACAGCCCCCCAACAUCCAGCCUUGCUACCUCAGGGAGUGCCCCAUCUCGGCCUCCUGGCGCGUCGGCAACUGGGGAAGCUGCUCUGUCACCUGUGGAGUUGGGGUCAUGCACCGCUCAGUGCAGUGUUUGACCAACGAUGACCAGGUCAGCAGCUUGUGCCAUGUGGACCUGAAACCCGAAGAGAGGAGAACAUGCCACAAUGUCCAUGACUGUGAAUUACCAAGGAGUUGCAAAGACAUUAAAAAUCUCAAAGGUGUCACUGAAGAUAGUGAAUAUUUCCUGCAAGUCAAAGGAAAGACAUUAAAGGUGUAUUGCUCUGGGAUGCAGACUGAUAGCCCAAAGGAAUAUGUGACCCUUGUAAAUGGGGAUGCAGAGAAUUUUUCGGAGGUGUAUGGAUACAGAUUGCAUAACCCAACUGAGUGUCCGUAUAACGGGAGCAGACGAGAAGACUGCCAGUGUAGGAAAGAUUACACAGCAGCUGGGUUUUCCACCUUCAGCAAAGUAAGGCUGGACCUGAACACUAUGCAAAUAAUAACAACUGAUUUACAGUUUGCGCGGACACAUGAUGGACGACCUGUCCCUUAUGCCACUGCUGGGGACUGCUACAGUGCUGCCAAAUGCCCGCAGAAAAUCAGCAUUCCCAAGGCAGCAAGUGCACGGGGCAAAGCUAACAGCCAUCUGGUACUGCACAGCCGUGCUGGGCUGUGGGUCAGCCUGGGGAUGUGUCCAAAGGAUCCCUCUGGUCGCUUCAGCAUAGACCUGUACGGGACAGGCCUGUCCCUAAGGGGAACAGCCAAGUGGCUCUCACAAGGGAAUUAUGCAGUGUCAGAAAUUCAGAAAUCCCCAGAUGGUACCAAAGUAGUAGGAAGAUGUGGUGGUUACUGUGGGAAGUGCACUCCAUCAUCUGGAACAGGCCUCGACAUUCAGGUGUUAUAGCAAUGGUUGUCUGGGAGCAGCCAGUGGAGAUGAGAGAUGGAUGAAGGAUAGUGAUGCAAUACCUCUGCCUUCCACUUUUAUAUCUGUGUAUAUGUGUAUAUAGAUCACAUAUUCCUAAUGUACAGUUUAAUAUUUAUGUUUGGGAUUAUUUAUUUUGAUUUAAUAUUUUUGUAUGUAAAAUCAUUAUAUUAAGGCUGCUUUUACUAUUUUUAUUUUUUAUUGUUAAAUCCUGCAGUCGUAAACCACUGCAUUUUGCGUACUCUACAUUAUAUGUAGCAUUAUGACAAGUGAUACUUUAUUGUCACUGUAUUCAGUUGUUUACUUUCAAUCAGUAAUUUUCCUUCCGUUAUGGGCUGCUUUGGCCCUCCACGGUGCUACACAAUCUGCAUAGGGGUAUUUUUGGCAUUUCAAUCUGUCUUUAUGCAAGGAAAAUAGACAAGAUGUGCUUAAAAUUUUAUUUUUAGGGAUUAGGCUGACAGCACUCAAGGAAAACAUGACAAUGAAUACAGUGCUAGUUGCAUUAGCAAUCUUUAUAUUUUAGGUAUGUUUUGAAUUUCACAUGACCUCUGUAGCCAGUGCUAAAAGUACUGGUUUGGUGCUAACAUGAUAUUUAUUAAUGCUCUGUAGUUUUAGUUAAUCCAGUGCCUUUAUCAUUGAAGAAGGGAAUAAAGCAGAAAAAUUGUCAGGGAAUUCAAAUCAGUCAAGAUCUACCCCAGGUUUAGGAUAAUUCCUGUAGAUGGAUCUUCAGCUUAAGCCCCUUUUUCUUAGGGUUCUGAAGUGAACUCACUUUUUUUAAAAAUGUAUCUUUGUCUCCUAAUUGCAUGUGCCACUGUGCUUCCUGACUCCAUCUGGAAGCAGGGUAUUAACUCAUCCCAGACAGGCUGAUCAGGCCAUAUGUUUCCCUGGGCUGUGUGCUCAGAAGAGAUGUAGUUUCUUACAGACUUUGUUACAAAAUCCUAGUGUGCAGCUGAAAGCAUCCCUGUGGUGUUCCCACCCCAUGGGGCUGGUGAGGACCAUGGGGACAGCACGCCCAGGGAUGGGGACAGCACACCCAGCCAAGCCACCCCUUCUCUUGGCCAGGGGACUCCACUGCAGGUACUUGCAGCAUUUCCCCAGCUUCCUACUCACUCCCCAACCAUCUGCAAAGGGAGGCUUUGCUGCCUCCUUUCAACAAGAUCACUCUGUACCUACAGAUGAUUCUGCCCCCCCUUCAAAAGCAAGCUGCUCUACGCCUACUUCUGUGUUGCUUCGGAUCUUCCUGAUAAGGCAUCUGUGCUCCUUGCCUCUCCUCAUACCCAUGUACAACCAGACAUUUACUGUUGGCUUUUUUUAAAUCAAGCUGAGGAGCCAUCUCCCUUAGGUGUGGUGGCUCCUGCCUGUAUAUAGCCAGUAGCACGCUGCUCUUUCACCAAGCUUCGUAGCACAUUGAAGGGGGGUGAUGUGACCGGAUUAUUGUUGUAGUCUGUGACUAUGUCCCUUAUCUCUUUCUCCACAACUUUACUUAGUGAUAGGAGGAUGCUGCCCUUUCACCUUACAUGUCAGGGCAGCCAGGGCACAAAGUACAAGGAAAGGAGGCUUUUCAGCACAAAAUUGCCACCAGUUUGGAAAACCAGAGAGGCUUAUCUGGAUAACUCUUUCCAUUUUGGAUGCAAGCAGUAACCAAAUGCAACCUUGGGAUCUUGUGUGAGUCUUUCACAGAGCUCCCCAAAGGAUGUAUAAUCAGUCUGUUACAAAACAGUUGGAUCAAUGGUGAUAAAUGAUCUGUUCCCUGGAUUCAUAACCCAUGUGUGUGCUGCGCUGUGUUCAGCCUUUAGAGUGAAACCUGUCAGCCUGACAAUCGGGGAUCGAUGCAUUCCUAUCAGCUGGGACACAUCUCACAGGCGAGCAGGGCUGUGUUACAGCCCAGCAGCUGACGAGCUGGUGAAGGAAAGGGGAAAAAUGGAAAGAGAAAGAGAAAAAAGGAGAAAGAGAAAGGAGUAAUAAUGGAAUAGUGAUUUUUCUAAUGAUAAUUGCUUUUGUGUAACUAUAGUAGGGGAAAAGGGAAAAUUGCACUAUGAACUUUAGAAAGAAACAGUGCUUAGAAAGUACAGGCAUAUUAUAUUUUCUCUAAUGAAGUGAAUGGCUAUUUAUAAAAAGAAAUACUAUUUUGACCUGUACGCAUUCACUUCUACCGUAUAGUUUCAGAGCAGCUAUUAACAGAGCUAGAAAAACCUAAAAAAUAUGAAAUAAACUACAAGGGAAAAAAAUGACAGAGCACGGAUCCUGUGGUUCCUUAAUGAUCAUCAUUAAGUAGAGCAGAUUUUGAGGACCAGAGACAAUAGACAUUCCUUGUUCAGGAAACAACGCUGGGUUUUGUAUAUCAAUGCCAUUAUUUUUCUACAAACUGGGGUCUUUUUUUGCAAGGACUUUCCUGUACAAUGUUUCUUUUCUUUCUGCUUAUACCCAAAAGGAAAUGAAAAGACCUGUAAGACAUGUCUUUAUGGUCUUGCUGCAUUCGCCAUCGUAUUUCAAUACGUGUGUGCUACUAUAGAGGCAAAAUACUUUGUACACUAGGGAAUAAUACAUUGAAUGGUAAACAGUC